UUAAAAUGAGAGAUGACGAAAACAUUGCAUUGCACAAGUUCCAAAAAUGAGAAUGUAUGUAUGAAUUUGGGUGUGACCAAUAAUUUAAUAUUUUUAAUGAAAGAUGCUCUAACCAGAUGUUAUUCAACGGCACUUUUACUAAAAUAAACAUGAUUUAACAAUUUUCUUAACCGCCUAAUAGUGAUACGCUAAAAUAAGAAAAUUAAUACAUGCAGCUAUGCCAUCGCUUAGAAAAAGGGUCUCUAGCUAUUUUAGACAAUUAAGUUUCCACAAUGAACCUAGAAAAAGGCAUAACAUCAAUGAAAACACGUUUAUAACGAAAUACUUGCAAGGCCUUAUAGGCAUAAAGGAGGGCCCACCGAUUAUAUACGGGAAAAAUCCAACAGAUUUGCCCAAUUAUGAGUUGGGUAUUUACAGUAAUGGUCCCAAUACAGUCAUUGGGUGCUACUCAGGUCCUAACGGAGGCCUAACAACUGUUAAGAGGAUAGAAAAACAUUUGUCAGUGUUGGCAGAUGAGAUAGAUUAUAUAGAUACCCCAGAGGAAGAAACAGAUAGCGACGAUGUCACCAGCACCCCUGACAAUUUUCCCCUACAAAACGACGACUCGGCUCUUCCACAAGAGUGGUGUAGAAAAUCAGAAUGUGUUUACGGUCUGUCCGAUUCUCUGUAUGACAGAAAUCAAGUAACGAAGAACAAAAAUGGCGAUCCCAUAGCGGAUUGUUUCGGAAUCAUAGCGAGGAGCGAUUCUGCGAUUUUGGCGGUAGCAGACGGCGUCAAUUGGGGAGAAAAGGCUAGCAUAGCAGCCAAAUCGGCUGUACACGGCAGUCUGCACUACCUCAACAAGACUAUAUUCAACGAUACCAAACCGUUCGAAAGUCUUACCAUAAAGACUGAUGAGAGCUCUACUUCAAGCACUAUUCUAGACGAAAAAGUGAAUCUUGUAGGUAGCACAAGAGAAGUUUUCGUGUGUCUUUUGAGGGCGUUCAAUUGUGCUCAUGAUCUCAUUCUAGAAAAUAAGGGCAUGCUGACGACAUUGACAGUUGCCGUGGUUUUGCCGCUUAGGCAGAAAUUGGAGAAAAGAGUGAGGUUGCCGAACGGUCAGGAGAGAUUAGAGACUGAGGCGCAAUACGUUUGUUGUGUCUGUAACGUAGGUGAUACGUUGGCCUAUAUUUAUUCGAGGAAGUACGGAGUCAGAGAACUUACUAAAGGUUCCCACGAUAUCAAUUCUAACAGAGACAUGCGCGACGCACUAGGAGCUCUAGGUCCUGUAGACGGCAUCAACCCAGAACUCAGCAACCUCACGCUCUCCAUAACGACGUUGCAGAAAGGCGAUAUCGUGAUGGUGGCCAGCGACGGUCUCACCGACAACUUCGACCCCAAUGUCUGCAAAUUUACUGUGAAUACCAAAAACGAUCAACCUCCCGCAAGGAAAGCAAGUACGAGACAAAGACCUGUACAGCCUCAAAUGCCAGUAGAAAUUAAGGCUCCCGUAGUUAAACCUGUUAGAAAUUUAGAAAGCAGCGGACAGAAGCCUCCCGUGAAGCCCCCUAGGAAAUCUAAGACUAGAGAUGUAAACUCGGCAGAGAAAUCUAGUAUAAACAGUAACACAGUUUCUGAUAAGUCUUCCUCCCCUUCUGUAGAGAACAUUUCGAUACAGAGCAAGAAUAAUACGGUAGUAGAACAUUCCAGCGUUAGUAGUUCAAAUGUACCAGAAGCAGAAGCAGCUAAUAAAGAGUAUAAUAGAGAGCUAACGAGUAAUGUAGUAGAGAGUAGUAAAAGUAAUAGCCUUAGUAGAAAUCCUGAUUACGAAAAUCCGCUUAUAGCAGCUUUUAUGAGUCAAAAUUCCAUAGAUGGAUCGCCGAAAAUAGAAAAAACUGUUAAGCCUCAACCCCACGCACCUGCUGUAGCCGAAAACAAAGCCAGCAGCUUAAGGCGCCAAGCUUCUAGUCACAGUCGAACUGAAACCUUAGAUUCUCACAGGAAACCAGUUACACCCAAAACACCUUCUCACGCCAGUAAAACUUUGAAAACAGUGGAGGAGAAAAGUAGCACCGUUGGUCGGAUGGAAGCAGGGUAUAAAUUCUUGCGAUCGAAGACUACCAUAGAUAUGAGAAGUUCCAAUUCUAAGCCUAUAAUCAGAAACGAAGAUGGAGUUCCUUAUAUUACUCCUCUGCAGAGAUACGAUCUUCAGUUGUUGUUGAUGGAAGAUAUAUUGAAGAACGGGAUAUCAGGUAAAGAUGCACCGUGCACCUCAGCCAGGAAACUAUGCGAAAACCUCAUCAGCUACACGAUGAGCAUAACAUCAGCCAAACGCCACACUCUCGAAGAUCCAGAUCUCUACUUCGACAACAAAGGUGGCGUGUUGGUCGAAGUAAAUAACCAAGAGAAGAAAAUCAGAAGGAAAAAAGGACUAGAGCGAGUGCAGAAUCUUCCCGGUAAACUGGAUCACGUAACUGUUGUGGCGUAUAACGUAGGAAACAAUUUUGCUCACUAAACUCCACCCACGGAAGACUUCUAAGACUUCUUUUGUAGUACUAGCACAGUAUAUGUAACGAACUGUUCGUAUAUGACUAAGUGACGCAUAUGUAGCUGUUGCAUUGCUGUCAUUAUUAUCUACCAAUCGUUACAAAGUAACGAUUUAGUCCACCUCUGACUUUUUCGUUUCAACAUGGCGGUAAAUUAGUUCCCUUUACUUUCCAAAGGUGUCGCUAGGUGAAACCCUACCGUUUGUUGCGUAAAUUGUGGUACUAGACUAGUCUAACCUCAUUCGAAUUCUGAUAUGAUACCUGCGAUAAUAUAAUUAUCUUUUUACGCAUUAUGCUAAUUCCAAAAACGAAGUAUUAACUUGCAUUUUACAUAGAGGAAUUGCUAUCAUCAUUGAAGUAGAAAUAAUGGUAUAAGUUUUAUUUAUUUUAUAGCGUUUUAAUGCUCUAGAGUCUAGAGUGCAACUGAACAAAAUUAACACAUUUACUAUUUAAUAACUACAAUCAUUGUUUAAAAAAGAAUAGUUGGUCAACGCAAUGAAUAAAUUUGUUUGAUUCUAAUUGAGACAGUCACCAGAUGUCACCACCAUUUCUGUCAGAGCUGGGCCGGGUACUGAUAAAUUGUACUCGGGUAUAGAGUACCGGGUACUUUUCAUAUUAAAGGAACGAGUACAGAGUACCGAGUACAUUGCUCCAAAAAAGUACUCAGAGUACAAUACUCAAAGUACAAUUACCCGAAUUUCUCGGGUACUUAUUUCGAGUACAUUCGAAUGUAAAACCCGAAAAAAUGUAAGAAGGUAAUAAUUAUCUCUGCAUCUCUAAACAUACAUAUUUAUGAGUCAUGAAAACAUAAAACAGUGUAGAUACAAUUCCAACUGAAAUAAAAAGAAUGUGUGUGUACUUUGUACGCACGUAAGAAGUUAUACUUCUAUAUGAUUUCUUACAGAUAAAUAUACUUUAAACAGUUUGUUUUAAUUUUUUUAAACACCAAACUAAUUUUGUGCUUACCGCUUUCAAAAAAAAAAAAUACAAAAAAGUAUAGGAUUGCACUGGAUUCGAACUCAAGGCCUCUCGAUCUCUGGCCGAAUGCUAUACCAAAUACGCUACGAGGACUGCGUCUGUAUCGGUUCGGACGUACCUAAUGACAAUUCACGGUAACAAACAGACAAGGUGAAGUAUAAUAAAUAUACAAUAAAAUGUUUUAAUAAUACUCAUCUUACACCUGAGGAAGACAAAUCCAAAGACACAAAAAUUAUAAUAAAUAUAUUUUACUAAAAACACUAAUAUAUUCUUUUCACACCUUUUCUUGCAUUGAUAUAUUUAUACAUAACUUGAAAGAUUCAGCAACUAAACGCCAUACUGUCUGUAUGCGCAUGCGCGCAGUAUUAUGAAAUUUUACUCCCAGUCGCGCCUAAAGAAGUAUAACUGAAAUAAAAAAUAAGAAUUUUAAAAAUUAGGUAAUCUUCGAUUAAUAAUCAGUAUAACACCACUCACACUCACUAAUUAAUUUUAUUGGCUUUUAAGAUAACUCAUUUUCAAAGUUUUCAUCAGUUAGAGCAUUUCUUCGAGGGCUAUUAAUUAUUGUAGCAUAAGGGAAUAGGCGUUCUGUAGGCGCAGAAGAAGGCAAGGAUGUAUUAUAUCUAGAGCCUGGAUUAUAUGAACUAAAAAAUGGUUAAAAUAUGCAUGCAAUAUGCACUUAAAAAGUAACCAAAUAUGCUUUUAUUAUACAUAUGCAAUAUGCAUUUAUAUAUGCACUUUAGAAAAAAUAUUUUGCAAUUUCCAAUGUUUGAGAUUUGGCUAGAAAUAAAAUUAUUGUAUAACUUAGAGAGUUUUUAUUUAUUACUAAAUUUAGUAAUAAAAUAUAAAUGAAAAUUCACAAGAAAACUAUAACGAGAACUGAAAUGGCGGCUUAAUUACCACGUUAUAAGCGGAUCUCGUUAUAUCAGACAACAAUAAUAUUGAAAUGUUUUGAUGCCUCUUACGUAGUUUAUUAGGGGUCGAUGGUGAACAAUGACGCCUCGCCAUCGUAAAUUGUAAAUUUUCUACAAUAUUCAAUAUCGGUCGAUACACAGGAAGAAGUUUAUUGCAGGCGGCGAAGCCCUUGUCUCUAUAAUAGCACAGAUGUUGGGAAUUUGUAGGUAUGUACAUGCAGUUGGGGUGUUUAUUUAUAGCCACUACUGCCCUAAAAACAGGUAAAAAACAUAUUCUUCGGUUUCAUUUUUCCUCGUUAUAACCAAAUAUUCUUCGUUAUAGAGGGUUAUAUUUCAAUAGGAAUUUCAUGGGACGCCUAAUGUACUUACCUCGUUAUAAGCGAAACCUCGUAAUAUCCGUGUUAGUUAUAGAGAGAGUCCACUGUAUUAUCUAAAUAAAUAUAGGAAACUAUUUUAUUUAUGCGAUAUUUUCUAAUACAUCAAAACAUGCCGCAAUAUUCCCUUAAUCCAGUAAAUAUGAAUAGCAUAUGCAUUUAGAAAAAUACCCACAAAUAUGCUGCGUGUUUAUGCACAUGUAUUUUGCAUAUUAUCCAAGCUCUAAUUAUGUAUUAGAAAAACUUUUUUAAUUAUAGGAAACUUUUUUUGCCUUCUAGGAAUUUAACUUAAUUUAUAAUUGUAUUUUGGAUGCGUUGAUUGUUUCAUUUUCAGACGAUUGAGACUGCAUGAUGAUAUUGGUUUCUUGUGUCUUGUUUAGGUGAAUACUCUAGUUCAUUUAAGUCGAAAAAGCCAUCUGGGGUGGUAUCACUUGAAUCUCCCGUACCUAGUUCUUCGCAAUAAUCAAAAUAAGAUAGUUUUUCAGCAGCAUUCAUCACUAUCUUUUUCAAGGCGUCCGUAGAAAAUUCUGCAUUUUUUAAGACAUUAUACCAACGCAAUUUAAACUUAGGAUGGACCAUUGCGGAUAUAAUGCCCUCUUCCGAUGACAAAUUAAGUAUUUCAGAGAAUCUUUUCUCCAAGCUCUGCAUAUUUUUUUUAGGAAAAAUUCACCGCCAGAACUCAGUGUUUGAAGCUUUAACUUCUCCCAUUUAUUCCUCAAAGAUCACACAAUCACAAUAUUCUCCUUGCAGAACAUCUAAGGUUGUAGCGAGAGGUUUCAAGUCCUUACAGUACUCUUCUAAGUACAGCAAAUCGGAUUCUUUAAGUUUUUUAUAUCAAUCCUUUGAAAAAGGGACGGUAGCUUUUCUUUUUCACUUAAAAUUUGCCGAGUCAUAGUAAAAGUUCCAUCUUGCUACAGCUGGAUAACUUUUGACGAAUGGACUGAUACUGAAAACGGCGUUUUUGCGUGUUGCUAUUAAUUUGCUCUCCCACAUGCAGCGACAAGUUUAGACUUGCAAAAAGUACUCAUAAAAUGUACUCGUAUAAUAAACGCGGGUACCGGGUAUUUUACCCAUAUGCUACGGGUACGAGUACCGAGUACUUUAUUGAAAAUGUACUCGGGUACCAGGUACUGAGUACCCAAAAUGUACUCGGAGUACAAAAUUCGGGUACUUGUACCCGGGUACUGCCCAGCUCUGAUUUCUGUCAGAAUAUAUUUAAAAAUUGAAUUUAUGAUGUCAUGCUAUUAUAUUAUAUUAUAAGUUGGUGUCUAUGCAUUUUGGAGUUAUCGUAGUUACGCGUGACGUUGCGAUCCUGGCAGAAAUGGUGGUGACAUCUGGUGACUGUCUCAAUAAUUAGAAUCAAACAAAGUUAUUCAUUGCGUUGACCAACUAUUCUUUUUUAACAGUGCUAAUAAAUUUGUAAAGUUUUUGUUCGAAAUGUCCAUUUAAUGCAAAUUUUGUCAAUCCACCUCAUAGUGACAUUUUUAAUAUGAAACUUUUAAUUAAAUUUAUUGAGUUAGUGCUUCAAUUUUCUUUAAGUGCAGUUUUAGUUCAUAAAUUUCAAUUUUAAAUGUUUCGGUUUUUUUAUCGAAUUAUUUUGUGUAAGUCGUACUGUAUAAUGGGGUGUAUAGCAACAGUUUGUUGUCUUUUACACCAGCUACUCUGUUUGAACUCAGAAAUAUGUUGUUGAGUGCUUAAAAUUUGGUAUGGUACUGCCUUACAACAGAACUUAAUCUACUGGAAAACAAAAUUAACUUAUUCAUAUUACAAAAAAAUAUAAAUAUGUCUAUUACUAUUCAUCCCAUGAAGUAGGACCUCGUCCUUCUCUUUAACCUCGUAUAAAGCACCAUAUUUCCUUUUUUUUUGUUUAUAAUUCUUCUUACAAGUGCAUGGUGUCUCAUUUCUUAUUCUCUUGUAAGUCGUACGCUUGUUGUGUCUUCUUUGACAUGUACUUCAGUUAAGCUUUUUAAAGCUAUACUUCUUUAGGCACGAGGGUGAAUUUUUACAUUCUCUGGCGCAUGCGCACACCGACAGUAUGGUAUUAGUCGCUACAUCUUUUAAGUUAUAUAGCGCAAAUAAGGUAUGCGUGAAAAGAAUAUUAGUGUUUUUAGUAAAUAUAUUAAAUAUAUUUACUAUAUAAAUUUUAUUAUAAUUUUUGUGUCUUUGGAUUUGUCUUCCUUGGGAAUAAGACAUUUUAUAAUAAUAGUAAGUAUAUUUAAAGUAUUUUUGUAUACUUCACUUGGUCUAUUAAAUUUGUCAGUAUGUAUGAGAAAUCUUGUAACCCGCCAAAGCAAAGGGAAUAUAGCUCAGUGGUAGAGCGUGUGACCGGAGAUGGAGAGGUCCCCGGUUCAAAUCCGUGUGUUUUCUAUUGUUUUUUUUUUAUUUUUGGUAUUGUUUUAAUAAAAUUUUUUGGAAAGUAGUAAGUAAACAUUAGUUUAAUCUUUAAAUAAAAUACAAAUAACCUGUUGAAAGUAUAUUUAUUUCGUUGAAAUCAUAUAAUAGAAGUAUAACUUCUUACGUGCGUAAAACGUACACACACAUUCUUUUUCUUUCACUUCUGCACAGAAUCACGGAUUUUUUCGCUUGAGAGAGACUUCUUUAGCUGAGUCUUAUGAUGUUUGCUUUUUUCCCCAGCUUUCUUCCACUCUAUCGCUUUGGAUGAUAUAUCGUCGGUGAUGUGACAAUACCUCCUAUCUGAUUUUUCAUGAGUUUUGUAAGAGAGACUAAAAACUUUUUUUAGGGUCACCUCCUGUUUUCAUAUGAUAUUUUUUGACUUGUUUUGUAGUAACUUCAACUAUCUAUUUACUACAAAACAUGUCAAAACUUACAUAUGAAAACAGGAGAUGACCCUAAAAAUGGUUUUUCGUCUCUCCUACAAAAUCCAUGAAAAAGCAGAUAGGAGGUAUUGUCACCUCACCGACGAUAUGAGUCGUAUAAUUCCAAUAUCCGCUAACUCCACUUUUUACAUAUUUUCAACUAUCUAUGUUUUUAGAUAGUCUGUGCAAUUUGUCAGAUGUCAUUAUGUUUGUUUUGUGCCUAAAACCGUCAGAUCCCGACUAAAUUUGAAAAUAACUUUGCGAAUUCAUUCCAAAACCCGCCAGCUUUUUUCAUACUUACUUCCAAAUCGCGUUAAAUCCAUUUCGACCAACCACAACACUCUAUUCUGAGAAUUUCAAUAUGGUGUUACAGUGCUCAACUGUGUAAAUAUUGUUGUCCGUAAUUUGCUUUUAACAGUUAAAAUAAUGGAAGAAAUAACGAAAAAAGUUGAAAAAGCAUGUCCUAAUAAAGGACUAAAAAGAAAAAGUCAGCCGGAUUUAUGGAAAAAGAACAAAUUGAAGGAAAAAAGGUGAGUUAAAGUUUGGUUUCCUACUAUGGCUUUAGGUACUAUUAGGAAGGUGAUACAGCAUGUCCGUUUUGUUGACAAUUCAUAACAAUAACAUUAGUAACAUUACUUUUCUAUGAUUUAGAAUUAUUUAUUUACUUAUUAUACACUUGUAAGUUUCGAAAAGAUUUUUUUAUAUAAAGGGAAAACCAACGUUGUCGUACAAGGAGAGGAAAAUUACAGAAGUGAAUUUAAUGAUAAAAAACUGGUUACCAAAAAGGGUAAAUCUGUGUUAAUUUUAUCGCCUGUUAACUUACCAGUAGGAACUAUAACGUUAAUGACGUCUGCAAAUUACUGCAGAAGCAUUACGGAGAGAAUUGGCGCGAAUUAUCCGACUUAAUCUAUUACUACAACGCUGAACAUGCCCAUCUUAACGGGACAGCAAUAACUAACGAGGAUAAUUAAAAUGAGGAUAUUGUUUGUGAAAAUGUAGUUGAAAAUGAUCAAUUUGUUUAAAUUUCUUCUUUUUAAAUAUAUUUUUGUAUGUCUUAAUUUUGUUAUUAAAAUGAAAAUAUUAGCCUCAGUAAUCGACUUUUCCAUUUGGACAUCCUGUAUAUGACCAAAAGAAUAAUUCGUAACAAAAGUCGCUAGAUCCACCUAUAGUUAUAUCCAAAAUCCGCUAACUCCACUGGUUUGUUUCAAAACCUGCUACAUCCACUUUUUGAUAUUUAAAUCAAUUUUUAUCUUUUGUUUUAUUAACCAAAUUACGUAAAUCAAGGUUAUCAACAAAUUAGAAUUAUAUUCCCUAAUAGAAUAAUUACAAUUCAUUUAGACAGGUACUCAGAAAUAAUAGAUACAGUUUUUUGCUUUUACUGAAAAUACGUUGCGUGUGGAGUUAGCGGAUAUGGGAAUUAUACGACUCAUAUAUAAGUUUCUAAUAUUUUUGAGGUUAUACUUCUUUAGGCGCUAUUGAGAGCGAAUUUUUAUUAUACCACGAGCCUGCGCACACCGACAGUAUGGAGUUAGUUGCUAAAUCUUUCAAUUUAUGUAUGUAUCAGCGCAAAUAAAGUGCGAAAUAAUAUAUUAGUGUUUUUAGUAAAUAUAUUUAUUAUAAUUUUUGUGUCUUUGGAUUUUUCUUGCUCGGGAGUAAGAUAAUAAGUAUUAUUAAACCGAUUAAGUAAGUAAAGUAGUAUUAAAUUAUUAUUAUUAUUGAAAAUGGUUAUUCAUUUUUGAUUAUUAUUAAACCAUUUUUAUUUUUAUACUUCACUUGAUCUAUUUGUCACCGUGAUUGUAAUUAUGUCCGAGAAGUGAUGUAAACAGAGCCGUGGUAGGUCAUUGGUAGAGCAUUCGACUACAGAUCGAGAGGUCCCGCGUUCAAAUCCGGACAAUUCAUAUUCCUUUUAUUUUAUUUUUUUUUAAAUUUUGGUGUUCUUUUAAUAAACAUUUUUGAGCGUACAAAGUACACACACAUUCUUUUUUUGGUAUAACUUGUGUCGUCCUGUAGAUUUUCAACUUUUAUCUUUGCGGUGUAUUUUGCAAUUAUAUUUUUAUGAUGUAUGUGCGUUUUCAUUGGCUUUUGAUCGCUUCCUAUUUCUGCCGAUGUUAGUGUCCUUACAUCCAAAAUUUGGGUGGGAAGUAGCUCUCUAUUUGAAUGAAUAUAGAUCGUAGUAGAUCAUAGAUCUUGGUCUCCUGGUAUUAUCAAAGUUAUACUUGUUCUUUGUGAGUGUAUUUGCUAUUACUCUAGUGUAUAUUAUGCUAUUUAUAUCCUCAAACAUUAAAUGUGAAUUGUUUGACAAUAUUUAUUAAGCCAAUGUGUUAAUUUUGUUCAGAAUUUUAUUUUUAUAGUAAAUCAGAUGGCUUGCUAAGACGCCAAUCUUAAAAAUUGAAUCUUUUUAUUCGGUUAUUAGAGAUAAAGCUCCAGAAAAAUAGGUCUGACCGUAAUAGGAAUAUUUAGUACGUCAUUAACAAUGACAUGGUGCGUCUCUUGUAUGCAUUGACGUUCCGUGCUGUAUUGACAGUUAUUCUGUCACAUAAGAUGACAAAUGGUAACUCAGUGACUCAUUCUUAUUGCGGCCAUGUCCAAUGAAUGGAGAUCUUGCUGAAAUGGUAAAGUAAGGAAGGUUUCACAAAAGAUUCUAAUUUAAUAAAAAUCACUGGAAAAUACUAUUUUUGUAGAUUUUAAAGAGAUCUGUUGCCUACCCUUUUUAUUAUAAGUAAUUCUGUAAGUCAGUUAUGUUCAUUGAUAGAUAUUUACUGUUUAAAUCUCAUCUUAUUGAGUAAUAAUACUUGUAAUGAUGAAAAAUAAGUUCACUACAGAACUUAUUCACUAAAAAAGUUAAAAUUAGUUCACUAAAAAAGUUAAAAUGCUCACUGCUGGGCACAGUCUACAUAUACUGCCAAAACGGACCAUCAAUAACACAUAUAAUAUCUUAUCGAAAUAAAUAAGUGCCUUGAUAAUAUCAGUUAAGUAAAUUUUCUGACAAUUGUAAAAAUUUAUAACAAAAUUAACAUUUUCGUGUAUCAAAUGUACUAAAGGACUUUAUCUACAAAUAACAAUGGUUCGCUGUUAUCUAUUAUGUAUAAUAAACAUUUUAUACAACAAUCAAAAAUUCCAACAAAUUGAAAACAGAGACUUUUUAUUAUUUAACUAUUUUGAUUGGGAAAUAAGCCACAAUUAAAUUGAAAAAAUAAUUUUAUUAACGUUUCGACGCCCAAGUUAGAUGUCGUUGUCAAAAUACAAAAUAUUACUAAGAAUAAAAAAAUAAAUAUUAGUAAUAUUUUGUAUUUUGACAACGACACCCGAUUUGGGCGUCGAAACGUUAAUAAAAUUAUUUUUUCAAGUUAAUUGUGGCUUAUUUCCCAAUCAAAAUAGUUAAUUAUAAAAAUGCCACAAGGAAAUAGCUUCAGAACAACAUUUUUCUUAUUUAUUAGGAUAUCUUACAUUGAAAACCUUAUUUAAGGGGACACGAGUACCAUAACAGUCUGAGUUAACGCACUAUCAUGUACAAUGUACAAUAUCUGAUCUAUUAAUGUAUAAUAUAAAAAAAGUGUAAAUCAUUUUUUGUGAAGCUUUCUACACACUUAUACAACAUUAUUGCAAGCGCGGCUCCUCCUUAGGGUCAAUUGGUCAAUGACCCCCCUAAAAUAAUCUCAUAAAAAUACCAAUUUUAUUAAAAAUAUCUUUUAUCUAAAACUUCACUCUGAAAUAUAAAAUUCUCUCUCAGCAAUCUGCAUUGGCAAAACAAAUAUAAUAGAUAUAAUAACGUCGCGCCUCGCGCUAUACACAA